AUGUUCUUAGGCGAUGAGGAUGGCUCCUGCACCGCAAGACGAUUUAAACAUACGCAAAACGCGAAUGCUUUACUUCAACUGUUGUGUGUUGCGUACACAGAUGCGUACGAAAAGGGAAACCCCGUAGUGUUGGCGCUGAAACAAGAACAGGGUAGAACAAGAUCGCGCAGCAAACAAAAAGAAACAGCUUUAGUAUUGUUAGGCAGGAAAAUCGAGGCUGUUGAGAAAAAGCGCUAUGGCAACUGCAUCAUAUAUGAUGAUUCGAGAGGAGACUGCCAGGCUGUGAUCGAGCAAACCGUGGAAACGGCUCAAGAGAGGUCAAUGCUACAGAUGUUUGGCGAAGCACGCCUCUUUUACUUCCCAACACCCAUUCCAGCAAUGUGGACAAAGCCUACGCAGCCAGUCACCAUUAAACGUCGACCAAAGACCUCCAAAGUUUGCCGAGUACAGAUCCCCGACAUACGGUAA